AUGGCUCUGAUAUGCCAUCACAAUAUCCCACUCUUCUUUGCUAACAUUGAUUCACCUAGCGUGCAACAGAAAUACACCGUAGCACUCAUUGAGCAUCUGUUUACUCUAUUACCGCAGGAAGCCACUGUCAUCACCCUGUAUGAUGUUGGUUGUGUUCUCUCAUGGUCAUUAUCUCAAUAUGAUAUUCUCCCCAAUUCAGUGACUUCGCGUCUUCAAUUUUUAACCAUGGCUAUGCAUGCAUAUGGCCACAAGUGGGCGUGUCAGCUCAAGUAUAACCCUUGCAUGUGCACUGGUCUUGGCCUCUCAGAUGGGGAGGGAACUGAAAGACUAUGGUCAAGGUUUGUCAAAUUAAUUGGCAUUCAAAGGUCAUCAUCGAUGCGAGCAGAUCUCGGCGAUUGGAUUAAAUGGUGGCUCAAGGGUGGAGUGAUUGGUCAGGGUGCAGCAGCACAAGAAGUUUUAGAUAAUUGUGGUAUUGAAGCUCGAGACCUUCAGGAACAGUGGAUGGAUCAGAAGAAGUCCCAACAGUCCAUUCGUGCUCAUGCUCCUGCACAACUGAAGAAGGAGCUUGUUGUCCUUACUCUGCAGGCUGAUUUAGAUGCAUUGGACAAGGCAUUGCAACUCACAUGGACCAUUGUAGAGAAGGGUUCGGCUAGUGAAGAAACCUUAGAUGCUCUGGAGAGCCUCGAGCGCAGCCAUGAUCGUUUGAUGAGCAAGGUUGAAACAUUAUAUUUCUCACUCAACGUUCACGACAGAUUUCCAGAACUACAGGGCGUUGAUUUGGAUUUUGUUCAAACCCUUCUUAUGGCGCGCGAUCUCAAAAUAAAUAUCUGGAAGAGACUACAUCAGCAGACACAUAAGGCUAUUGCUAAGCGCCAGCCAGCCUUGAUGAUAGCGAUUCACAAGUUUAACUCCUAUUGUGAGUAUCUGGAGAGCAUCUUUGACCCAUCCUGGGGUAUCACUCCAUCGGUUGGAGAUGUCCCUCGUUGGAUUGAAGACACUGAUGUAAGAGAUAGCAUCCAAGCAUUGCAUAAACAGCAACAGUGCCAUGAAGAGCAGCACCACAUUGGGCUCAAAGCAGAUAACCUUUGUCGAUGGUUUGGAGGUGAGCUUGCUGCGCUAGAACUUGCCCUCUGCUCUCCUACAAGUAAGUAA